AUGGAUAUUUUGAAGGGCAACAAGACGAUCGAUCAGGGGAUGGAGACUCCUCAGGAGUUCGCUCAUCGAAUCAUGAAGAUGAUCAACUCGGCGACAAUGACUGUGGCCCUCAGCCUGGGAGUGGAGACGGGCCUACUUAAGAUCAUGGGAGAUUUACAAGAACCUUCGACCAGUUCACAGAUUGCACAGAGGGCGGGACUCAAAGAAAGGUACGUAAGGGAGUGGUUAGGGGCGAUGGUUGUCGGCCGAAUUGUGGACGUCGACCCGAUUGAGGACACGUACUAUGUGCCGCCGGAGAGACGCCCGUUUCUGGUGGACGGGCCAAUGAAUGUUGUCGCCUUCAGCCGACUGAUUCCGAUGUUGUGCGAAGCCUAUGAUAGCGUGGCCGAGUGUUUCCGAAGAGACGGGCCCUCGGGUGUGAGCUAUACCAAAUACGGCAAAUUUCACCAGUUCAUGGACCACAUGUCCAACAUGCUCCACAAUACUACACUUAUCCCUGACGUGGUUCCCUCCAUCCCUGGUCUUGUGCCAAAGCUUGAAUCUGGAUGUGACUGUUUGGACGUUGGGUGUGGCCGGGGAAGGGCGGUGCUCCUCUUAGCCCAGAGGUUUCCAAGGAGUGUCUUCUAUGGCAUAGACAUCUCAGAUGAAGCCAUCUCGUUUGCUCGGAACGAGGCUCAGCGUCUUAGUCUCUCCAACUGUCACUUCAUCAUCAAAGACGCCGCGUCUCUACCGGAGCGCUGGGUGGAACAGUUUGGCUUCAUCAUUUGCUUCGAUGCCAUGCACGAUAUGGCUCAUCCGCGCAUAGUGCUGAACGGUAUCCACAGGGCACUUGCACCCGGUGGCAUCUUCGGCAUGCUAGAGCUCAACGUCCACAGCCACCCGUCCAAGAACAUCGGGAACCCGCGGGCCGUCGACGGUUACGUCAUCAGUAUGAUGCAUUGCAUGCCGGUCUCGCUGGGGUUCGAAGAUGGGGCGGGGCUUGGUACCAUGUGGGGCCGCGAGAUGGCCGUGAAAAUGUUAGAAGAAGUCGGAUUCACUGACGUCAGCAUGACGCCAUCCAAGGAUAAAUUCAAUUUGAUUUACGUUGCCAAAAAGAAAAUCGAAUGAUUUGUGACAACAAAUAAAGAGUCAUGUGAACACAAUCGAGAUUGCAACCUAAUACCAACAAAUUGAAAUUUCUGAAAGAGGCAUGUAUUCAAGUGUUUCGUACCAAACAUAAUGUUAGUAAUUGUUUAUACAAUAGGACAAAACACAUCUAGCUGCCUUUCUAAAAGUGUAUAGAAUUCCGCUGAACUAUUUAUACCACAUUGCCAUGGCUCAUUUGAUAAUGCUUGCUUUGUACAGAGUUUUGUUCCAUAUAACUGUAUAAGAGUUUUGUAAAGUAACCAGCAUUGCAUUUGAGACAGUGCUCCAUAAUUAUGUAACAUUUUAAAAUCAUACAUUCGAGGGGCUUAAUGUAUCUCUUUCAGUGCAGAAAGAUAAAACCACGAUUUUUGUUAAGAAAAUGUAGACAAAUAUACAUGCAAAGGUUAAUUUGGAGUUGAACUUUUCACUUGAUGACUUGUGCGCUACCAAGUGAAAAAAAAUAAGAGUCAGCCAGAAACGGAGCUUUCAGUGGCUGCGUUUUGGUUAUAUCAUAAUUUGCUUCCUCAACUAUGUCACUCACUUCAAUUAUGUUAGGUGAUUUGGUUCAUACUACAUUUGACAUGAAUUCCCUAUAUAUAAUCAUAUACCCAAUAGUGUACGUAUGGCAACAUCACGUGAUUACAACAAACAGUGUACGGACAUGCGGUUUUCACAAGGAAAUUCAGCAUGAAACAAUAUUCACCGUUGCUAAGUUGUAUUUUGUUGAAAUUUUUUUCAGUUAGAGGAAACAUACAAUUUUUUUUUUUGGCUUUGCUGCUUACGUAAAAUAUUUAUUAAGUAAAUGUAAAUGUAUGUAAACUUUGUCUUAUUUCUGUUUAAUACAACGUGUAUAACCUUGCAGUAAGAAUAAGUUUAAACCUUAUCAAUUAUUUAUUAAGAUUACUUUAGUCAUAUACAACAAAAGAGGUACAAGCAACGACGUCUUUAGAUUUUAUUCGACUUUUAUGGAGUCUUCUCUCUCCCCAAAAUGGAAAACAAACCCCACAACAUUUUCAAAGUGAAACUGUUCACUCCCUCGAGUAAAGUAGGGAUGACCAAUGUAAUGAGGAUUCAUUUUCCAUUCAGUUGGGAAUUUAUUCAUGAUUUUGAUGAGAUAACCCUCUGUUGGUAUAUGGCAGAGAAUAAAGUUUGUUGAUUUUCUCUAAA